AUGGCAGAACAAGAAUCAGAUAAGAACAUCGAGAUUUGGAAGAUUAAGAAACUAAUCAAGGGACUUGAAACCGCUAGAGGUAAUGGUACAAGUAUGAUCUCACUUAUAAUGCCUCCUAAAGAUCAAGUAGCUCGUGUUACUAAGAUGCUUGCUGAUGAAUACGGAACUGCUUCAAACAUCAAGAGUCGAGUUAACCGUCAAUCGGUUUUAUCCGCGAUUACUUCUGCUCAGCAGAGAUUGAAGCUCUACAACAAAGUCCCUCCCAAUGGUCUUGUUCUAUAUACGGGGACUAUUGUUACUGAUGAUGGUAAAGAGAAGAAAGUGACGAUUGAUUUCGAGCCGUUUAAACCCAUCAAUGCUUCCUUGUACUUGUGUGACAAUAAGUUCCAUACCGAGCCUUUAAACGAGCUUCUUGAGUCUGAUGACAAGUUUGGUUUCAUUGUUAUGGAUGGAAAUGGGACCUUGUUUGGUACUUUGAGUGGGAAUACAAGAGAGGUUCUUCACAAAUUCACUGUCGAUCUUCCUAAAAAGCACGGAAGAGGAGGACAGUCUGCGCUCAGGUUUGCUCGGCUUAGGAUGGAGAAGAGACAUAACUAUGUGAGGAAAACCGCUGAGCUUGCCACUCAGUUUUACAUAAAUCCUGCUACGAGUCAGCCUAAUGUCUCUGGUCUUAUCCUUGCUGGUUCUGCGGAUUUCAAGACCGAGCUAAGUCAAUCAGAACUGUUUGAUCCUCGUCUUCAAGCUAAGAUAUUGAAUGUGGUUGAUGUUUCUUACGGAGGAGAGAAUGGUUUCAACCAAGCGAUUGAGCUGUCUGCUGAGAUUCUGUCUAAUGUGAAGUUCAUACAAGAAAAGAAGUUGAUUGGGAAGUACUUUGAGGAGAUUAGUCAAGAUACCGGGAAAUAUGUUUUCGGUGUUGAUGAUACUUUAAAGGCUCUAGACAUGGGUGCUGUUGAAACUCUUAUAGUAUGGGAGAAUCUGGAUAUUAAUAGGUACGCGUUAAAGAACAACACGACCGGGGAAAUAGUGGUUAAGCACUUGGGAAAGAAUCAAGAGAACGAUCAAAGCAAUUUCCACGAUGCAGAGACCAAUGCUGAGUUGGAAGUUCAAGAGAAGAUGCCUCUGCUUGAAUGGUUUGCUAAUGAGUAUAAACGUUUUGGUUGUACCCUUGAAUUCGUGACUAACAAAUCCCAAGAAGGAUCACAGUUUUGCAGAGGUUUUGGCGGAAUUGGUGGAUUGUUGCGGUACCAGCUUGAUAUGAGGACUUUCGAUGAAUUGUCAGACGGGGAAGUUUAUGAAGAUUCAGAUUAA